UUAAGUUCCAUUCCACGUAUGAAUUUCUUGGUGGGUUCCUAGUCAUUAAUUUGAAUAGUAACUAUUAGUAAUGACCCUUAUAUUUUAAAUUUCAGAUGGAUGUACUAAGUUUCCAAAAACCAUUUUCUCCAUUGCAAUUUUUUGUUUGACUUUCCAUGGCUGCCAAAGGUUUCUCUGAAGCAUCUUCUUCUGGCUUCAAAUGGAACCAUGAUGUCUUUCUAAGUUUCAGAGGUGAAGACACUCGGAAGAACUUCACGGAUCAUCUCUACGCAGCUUUGGUGAGAGAUGGAGUGGUUACCUUCAGAGAUGACGAUGAACUUCCCAGGGGAAAAGACAUCUCCUCGGAGCUCCUCAAAGCAAUUGAAGAAUCAAAACUUUCUAUAGUGGUUUUCUCUAAAAACUAUGCUUCUUCCAGGUGGUGUCUUGAUGAGCUUGUCAAGAUUAUUGAGUGCAAAAACACAACUGGCCAGAUUGUUAUUCCAGUCUUCUACGAUGUUGAUCCAUCUGAUGUCCGAAAGCAGAUCGGAAGUUAUGAAGAAGCUUUUGCUAAACACGAAGAACGGUUUAAAGAUAAGAUGGAAAGGAUCAAAAAGUGGAGAGAAGCUCUUACAGAAGCUGGAAAUUUAUCGGGUUGGGACCUUCGAAAUGUGACAAAUGGGUAUGAAUCGAGAUUUAUCCAAGAAAUUGUCAAAGAUGUGAUCGAAAAUUUAAACCGUAAUAUUCGCAAUAGCUUACAUGUCGCCACUCACCCAGUAGCUCUAGAAUCACCUGUCGAAAAGGUGAUAAGAUUAUUAGAUAUUGGAUUUGAAGAAGUUCGCGUAGUGGGCAUCUAUGGAAUGAGCGGGAUAGGUAAGACCACCAUCGCAAAAGCCGUCUACAACCUAAUGGUCCGGGAAGGAUUUGAAGGAUGCAGUUUCCUUUCAAAUAUUAAAGAUGACUCGCAGCAACCUAAUGGUCUUGCUAAGAUGCAAGAGCAGCUCCUUUCUGAUAUCUUGAAUUGGAAAAAAAUCAAGAUCGAUAAUAUUGACAGGGGUGUCAAUUUAAUCAAGGAGAGGCUUUGUUGUAGAAGAGUUUUUAUAGUUCUUGAUGACUUGAAUGAGUCAGCACAAUGGAGACCAUUAGUUGGUGAUCGGAAGUGGUUCGGUCGAGGAAGUAGGAUUCUCGUUACAACCAGAGAUGAACAUUUGCUGACUGAAUUAGAGGUGGAUGAAAGAUAUAAGGUUAAGCAAUUGAAUCAUAUAGAUUCAAUUCAGCUUUUAAGUUGGUAUGCAUUUAGGGGGCCUGUUCCAGAAAAAGAUUACUUCGAACUUUCCAACAGUUUGGUGGAGCAUGCUGAAGGACUCCCCUUAGCUCUGGAAAUUUUUGGUUCUUCUUUGUUUAAAAGAAGCCUACCAGAAUGGGAAAAUUUUGUGGAAAAAUUACAAAAGGUCCCUCACCAACAAAUUCAAAAGAAGCUUAGGAUAAGCUUUGACACACUAGAUGAUGAUUUAUUGAAAGCCAUAUUUCUUGAUAUUGCAUGUUUUUAUGUUGGGAUGGAUAAAGAUUAUGUGAUGACAAUACUAGAUGGUUGUGGAUUCUUCCCAAAAAUUGGGAUUAAAGUCCUUCUUGAAAGGUCUCUCAUAGCAAAUGACCCACAUGAUCAAAAGCUACAAAUGCAUAACCUACUCCGAGACAUGGGAAGAGAGAUUGUUCGUGAAGUAUCACCAUCUCCUGGAUAUCGAAGCAGGCUUUGGUUUCAUCAGGAUGUUGUAGAUGUAUUAACGAAACAUAUGGGGAUGGAAGCAGUGGAAGGUCUCAGCUUAGAUGUACCAGCACUAGAAGAUGACCCUAUAAGCACCGAAGCAUUUGCAAAGAUGAUCAACUUAAGAUUGCUGAAAAUCGAUUCUGUACGUUUCACUGGUUCCUAUGAAAAAUUUUCUAGAAAGUUAAGAUGGCUCUGGUGGCGUCGAUGUCCACUAAUGGUUUUGCCGCCCAACCUUCAUCUAGACAACUUAGUUGCUCUUGAAAUGCGACACAGUAGUAUCAAAAAAGUUUGGAAGGAGACAAAAGCUCUUUACAAGCUUAAAAUCCUAGAUCUGAGUUAUUCGGUAUACCUUGGAGAGACACCAAACUUUGCAAGACUCUCAAGCCUACAAAGACUUGAACUUGAAGGUUGCACAGGUUUAGUUGGGGUUGAUCAAUCUAUUGGACAUCUGGAAAAACUUGAAUUCUUGAAUUUGGCAGAGUGCAAGAACAUAAGUGAACUUCCAGACAGCAUUUGCAACUUAAGGUCUCUUGAGACAGUGAACCUCAAUGGCUGCUCAAAACUUUGUAGUUUGCCAGAGCAUUUGGGUAAAUUGGAAGCUUUGAGAAAGCUUGUUUUAAGUGGAUCUGCUAUUACAGAGUUGCCUACUUCGAUCGGACUUUUGAAGAAACUUGAAGAUCUAUCUUUAGCUGGACUGAGAGAAGAGUUACCUUUGAAGUCUUGUUUCUCUUUCUUUUCCUCAUGGAUCUCUCCAAAAAGUAGUGUGGGUUCUUCUUCUUCGCUGCUACCAGCAACGUUCUCUCAGUUAAGCUCAUUAGGAAAGGUUAAUCUUUGUGACCUCAACUUGUCUGACCAUGAAAUUUCCAUUGACUUUGGGAGUUUCCAUUUUUUGUGUAGUUUGAAUUUAGGGGGAAACAACUUCUCUAACCUACCCGCAGGAAUCAGCAACCAUCCAAGGUUAGAGACACUUGAGUUGAAUAACUGCAAAAACCUUCGAUCCAUUACAGAGCUUCCUAAAAAUUUAAGGGACGUAUACGUAAAGCAAUGCACAUCACUUGAGAGAUACCCAAACUUAUCAAACAUAGGUGGAAAACUUCUUAGAAUCGCAUUUAGUAAUUGUUGCAAAGUAGCAGACAUUCAAGUUUGGGAUUUUCAUAAAUUGUCUUCUUGUUGGCCCCUUGGACGAGAUCCUAGCCAGCCAGAGAAGUCGUUGUAUUCCAAGUUGAAGUUUUUGGAAGCUUACUUGCCAGCAAGAGAGCUGCCAAAUUGGUUCGACUACAAAGAAAUUGGAUCUUCAAUACUGUUUUGUAUGCCUUCAAUCCCGAUUGGUUUAGGUCGAGCUAUGAUUGUGUGCGCAAUCUAUUCGGUGAAUGAAGAAUGUAAUGACGAAAGUACUUCUGAAGCUUCUCUUACCAUAUAUUUUAAGAAUAAAACAAAGGGCUGUGAGACUUUUGACAGGUCAGACAAUUCCUUUGAUGGUAAUAUAUGUCAAGAUCAUGCGUGGGUGAGUUACAUGGCACCUAGUUUUGUUACCGACGGUGAAAACAACUUUACCGAUGGUGUAAACGCUGAAGAAGGAGAUGAAAUUGAAGUUUCAAUUGAGCCGCGUGGUGGAAUUCUUGUGAAGAAAUGUGGUAUUCAUCUGCCAAUUCAUGAUAGAUGGGGUUUUAAGAGCCUUAAUUGAUUUAUUUUGUUUAUUGUUGAGACCAAUAUUAAUUUUAUUAGUUGUCAAUAUCAUGAUAGUUUAACUAUAUAUAUGGAAAACAAAUAUGUUCAAGAUAUUGAUAUCAGAAUUAUUAUUCAAAUAUUUUUAAAAUAUGAAAGCACGUC